AUGUUCGGUGGUGGUAGGUGGGAUGGUGAUUAUAGUGGGUGGAAGGUGGAGGUGGCGUGUGGUGGUGAUGGGUGGUGGAGACGGGUGAUGGUGAUAAGUAGUGCUGGUGGUGGUGGUGGCGGGUGGUGGUGGUGGGUGGGGAUGAUGGUGGCGAGUGGUGGUGAUGGGUGGUGGUGGUCGGUGGCGAUAGGGUGGUCAGUGGUGGGGGCGGGUGGUAGUGGUGAUGAUGGGUGGUGGUGGGGAGUGGUGGUGAAGGGUGGUGGGUAG